GUUGUCUUGCUGCAGUCUAUGCCAAGUGGUUUGGUGUUGCUCUUUCAUGAGUGAGAUUGUUCUUCUAGAUUGGCAAACAUAUGGCAUUCCCUUUGUUGCGGCGGGCAGUGUUGCCUCAAGAGGUCUUGUUAGUUUGCUUAAUUUUUCUUCCGUACUUGACGAAUGGCGGCAAAUUGUCUCGAGUUCUAGGUGUUGUUUACCCGCGUCUCCUUGAAAGCCGCAGUGAGGAUGGAAACAAGGUCAUCAGAAUAGCUGAAGACAUUACGCUGAACCUGCAGAAAAGCUCUUUAUUAGGAAAGGAGUUUUUGCUAAGGGCGUACCAAGGCGAUAUUAUGGAACAUAACUACCUGGACGGCCAAAUGCUCGAAGAAAAUCUUUAUCACGAUUCUCGGGCACUUGCGUCUGUGAUUGUAUCGGACGACGAUGGGUUGAAAGUGGAAGGUAUUAUCAGCCCGCAACAAGGCAUAAAGCCUUUGUCUUCACGAGAAGGAAUGAGACCAGGGAAUAAUCCUCACGUUCUAUUCGCCCUUGCCCCCGAAACAUAUCAACACGACACAAACACAUCCAGCCGACCUGUGAGUUCUUACAUAUCCCAGCGAAAUUCUGUACCACAAGGUCCGCUGCUCAACGUGACUUUAGAACUGAUCAUUAUUGUUGACAGUUACUUCCGGAAGCAGUUUUCUACCAAAGAUGAAAUGCUGCAAUAUCUGAUAAUUUCACUGAACUCUGUAAACUUACGGUAUCUCACAGUAUCUGACCCAGAAGUCGAAAUUAAGCUUCUUGCAGUGGAAGUUUGUAAUCACAAGCUGGAAGAAGAGUUCCUCGUACGAAGUGGAAAAAACCGCGUAGACGGGCUUGAUACGCUCCUGAAAUUACGACGGUACGUCAAAUGGAACCAGAAAAAGUACCAAGAAUAUGACGCUGUAUACCUAAUAACAGGGCUUGACAUGGGCUUCCUUGGAAGUAGGGGCUGGGAAUCGGGACAGUUAGGGAUUGCAUUUAUUGGAAGUGUCUGUGCGACAGACAAGGUGGGUAUGGGUGAAGACAAGGCAAGAACGUUCGCUGGCAUUAGGGUAAUGGCUCACGAACUGGGACACAUACUUGGUUGCCCGCACGAUGGAUAUCAAUACACUGGCUAUUCAUCCAAGGCGUGCCCAUGGUAUGAUGGCUUCAUGAUGACCUACCUUUCGAAUAGCAGCAACAGCAUGAAAUUUUCCAAGUGCUGCAACGCUGCGAUGACACGUCUCGCCCGGUCAGGCCAGGGGUGGUGCCUCACAGAAACGAAUGCUCAGCGCAGAAUAAAGAAAUUGUUUUACACAAGUGAGCUACCCGGAAAAGUGUUAAACAGGAAUGAAGUCUGCAAGCUGGCUUUUCCAGAUGUUGAAGGCAUCCGCUUUGCAACGGAUGACGGCAUGGCAAGAUGCUACGCUAGAUGCUAUGCGCCGGGCCUGAACAAAACUCUCCGAACACUUCUUCCCGACCAUUCCCGAUGUAACGAAACAAGCGUUGAAGGAAUAGAAUCCCGUCAUAAAGUUUGCAUCAACGGCGGCUGCAGAACUAUGCGAGACAGGUACCCAGUAGAACCAGUUAAGUAGCUUCGUGAA